GCCGAUCUUUUUUGGGCUUCUCUAUUCAGCCUCACGUCCACUCGGGCGCAGAAUGGCGAGAAGGUGUUGUGACGGCCCGUCAAUCCAUCUGGCAAGCUACACGUUUCGCUGGGGCACCGGCGAUUGGGGCUCCAAAGCAAUCUCCCAGCUUGAAAUACGUCCAUAUGUCCACACUCGCCAUUUUCCUUCAUAUGGUUUGCUUCUUACUCCUACACUCUCGCUCUUUACCCUCAAUCUCGCCGCAGUCACUCGCUUAACACCUCGUCGCCCUUAUCCCCUCCAUCCUCAUAGCUAUACCUAAUAUCAGCACGUCAAGAUGAAGUCCUUCGCCGCGCUUGCCAUGUUCGCUGGCCUUGUCGCCGCCUACCCCGGAGAGGUUCUGCGUAAGCGUGCCUUGUCAGAACGGGACAGCGCCUGCCCUCGCGAGUUGGAGGCAGGCCAAUUCGAGUUCCCUCACUACAUCACCCAGAUCUCCAAGUCGGAGCCUGACAAGGCUUUCGGACCUCAAUUCAAUGGUGUCUUCACCCCCAACGACAUUGGCUCGAUCUUCAGCUUCGACGUCCCCGCGUCGCGCGCCGAUGCCAACUGCACUCUCGAGUUCAUCUUCCCCUUGAAGUCGCAACUCAAGACCUCCAACUUCGAGUAUGAAGGUGGUGGCUCAUUCUUCUUCACUGGCUACAACCCAGGCAGCUGCCCUGGCCCAGAGACCACCUGGAACAACCAGCCCGCCCCCGGUCCUUUCCCUCCCUUCCCACCAGUUCACAUGGAACCUGGCAACGCCUACACCAUUGACGUUGGUCCUUGCUUCGUCGGUGCUGGUACCUGUGUGGCAGGCAUGACAUACACGAAUGACACAAACUUCUGGUUCUUCCAGGAUCAGGACGAGUGCCCCAUCGGCAUCUACACCGCAUACGAGUACGGCCUGCCUCCUGCCACCUAUCCCUCAUAAAUGCUUCUUCCGGCAUGAGGACAGGAGUCCGAACAGCGUCGAAGAUCAAAGCCAGCAGAAAGAAAGUCUCCGGCUGAACUGCAACUGCGAAGGUUUACAUAACGCCCAGCACGCUGUGGAACAACGCCACGCACUUGAUCUCCACAAUCACUCGGGGAAUUUGUGCAUCCUACCAACGUCUAAAGGUCAGGAACAAAAGGGGUGUCUAGCUUGCAUGAUCUGACCAGAAAAUUCUGAUAUUAUUAUGUGCAUUGCGUACAAGAAUCUUCGCGUACAUAUUGGUGGGGAUACCCAGGGACUAUCUUGACAGUUGGUUAUAUACUACCUUAAUGACUUCUUACUCUUCAACA